AUGUUUGUUGAUGACGAUUUGUUUUUGUGAAUCUGAAUACCAAUUGAUAAAUUUUUAUUUUAUUAUUAAUUAUUAUUUUCGCGGUGUCCCAGUCUGAUUGCUGUAUAAACUUAAAUUUGGUCAUCGAAUUGAGGAUCUUUUGAAACAGUUGGUUCAAGAUGUCCAAUGUAGGAAGUUCUUCCUGGGAAGAACUAAGAAAACAGGCACGUCAACUUGAAAAUGAUAUUGAUGUGAAACUAGUAGCAUUCAGCAAAUUGGGCGUGAGCUCAACAUCAUCUCGACUUAGUUCAGAAAGUGUUCCAUUGAUCAAUAGCGAUGACAUGUUCGACACCAUAUCCAUGGAGCUGCAACAAAUGCUUUCUAAGCUAUCUGCAAUUAAUGACAAAAUGGCAGAUAUAGCUCCAGGAGGGGCAGCCACAAUGCACACAUUGAAGAGACAUAGAGAAAUCCUUAUGGACUAUCAGCAAGAGUUUUCCAAGACUUCUGCUCGCGUAAAUGCGAGAAGAGAACGUGAGGAAUUGUUAAGGGGUGGUAGUCCAACUCCCAGUUCAUCAGUGGGACUAAGCAGGCGAGAUCAGUAUGCCAAAGAAGCUAGCCAUUUGCAUAGUUCACACAUCCUGGUUGAUGAACAGUUAAACAUAGCAAUGGAAGCUCGGGAGCAUCUCACUUCACAAAGACAAGUCUUCAAACAGAUGCAGACUAGGUUCAAUGACAUAACAAACAGGUUUCCAAUGUUGAACAGUCUCAUGUUCAGGAUAAAUGCUAAAAAACGAAGAGACUCUCUCAUAAUUGGCGGAGUUGUGGGCAUCUGUACAUUCCUUCUUCUUUUAUAUGCAUUCCAUUAAAAUAAUUAUAUGGAGUCCUUAAGGAGCUGAUAAACAAAUGGACAACAACAAAGGAGAUUUAACUUGAAAACUAAAACUGAAGGAUAAUUAUUUUAUCAAGUAAAUUUAAUUAUAUUAUUAAUUCAAUCUUAUCAUUACAUUUAAAAUUAUGAUAUAAUAAUGAGUAAUGUAAUGAAAAGUAUUUGGUAUUUGAAUCCUUUUUUAUAAUAGUAUUAAAGAAGAUUAUAUUAGUUUUAAAAUUAAUAAAUAUACCUGUUUGUCAGCUUCUUAAUAAUAUCAUGUAUGUUGUGAUUAGGAAAUUGUGUCGCAUGUGGCACUUAUAACUACUUUAUAAAUUUAUAUAAGUUUAUCUACUAUAUUUAUACAAUGUAAAGAGCAAUAAGUUUAACAUCGAGGAGGAAUCCUUUUUAUGUAGUUGUAGAUCUAUAUUUUAUUAAUCUUUGUGAUAUAUGUAUAGGAUAAUAAAUGAUAAGCAAAAGUU